AUGUCCAACGUGUCCACGUCGCCUGACAUUACUAUGGAUCCUUUCCUGGCCUUGUUUGGCUCGGCAGGUGAUCCAUCAUCCGGAGGAGACAGCACCGCAGAGGCUGGCAGUCAGCGCUCACGAUCCGGCUGUUUUACGUGUCGCCGCCGCAAGGUCAAGUGCGAUGAGUCGCGUCCCGUCUGUGAAAAGUGCCAAAUUGGUCAACGAGAGUGCACAUGGCCGCCAGAUGACCCGGUACAGCGUCGCAAGAACCGUCCCCGAAAGCAGAGGAGCCACAGCGUUGCUGGCGGCGAGCCCAAACGUCGCUUCAAGCUGCCCUUCUCAGCGCCAGACUCGUUUGUAUCGUCGUUACCGCCCCUUGGCUCUGUCAAAGGCAAGGAGCGUGAGGUUGAGCUGGUGCCCGAGCCACUUCGCGCCGAAAUGAUGAUGGACCCGUCCUUCUUGCAACCGUACUUUCCGUCGGUCGACGAGCGCCUCGUCAUUCGCCACUACCUCUCUCGCACGGUCCACAUCAUCCUCGCAUUCGAGGCUCCCCAUAACCCAUGGAACCCGUGGCUUACUGUCCACGCGCCACUGGCAUUUACGCAUCUUCCCGGCGUAUCCCCAGCUGCCGACGCUCUGCGCACCGCCAUGCUUGCCGUUGGAGCAGUGCAUCUACGCUACGUCAACAACCCAGACGAUCAAGAAGGUGCAUGGCGUAUCACCCGUGCUACACGACCACGUGUCCUUGACCUCGUGCGCCUCGCUUUAGAGACACCGGACGGUCAGCCGAAAAGUAUCGACAAGACCGAAGUGGAGCUUGUCCUCGCCGCGCUGCUGAGCUGCACCAUUGCCAGCUCACUUGCCGCAGACGAAGCAUGGCACUCUCUCCUGACAUCCGUCUUAUCCCUCAUCACGCGGAUGGGUGGAGCGCAGGCCCUGCUCGUCGACUCUCCGCGCGACCACCUCUCUCCAUCGCGUUUUGUCCUCGAACAACUGGCUGUUCGUGACGUAUUUGGCUGUAUGACUACUGAACUGGCUCCCUCAAUCUUGCGAGAUGCCUUCACACCAUGGUUCUUUGAGGCUGAGACUUGGUCGCGCACUGAAAACGAGUGGGAGAGCAUUGAACGCAUGUUUGGCAUGUCACGCGGCAUGGUGGAUCUCAUUGCAAGGGCGGGCUACCUCCUCAACGAGCAUCUCACGGCUGCGCCACAGAUGGCCUCGCUCCUGCUCCGUCUUCCUGCGCGCGUCACCGCGCGUCUCCCGCAAAGCGAAGAGGCUACACCGGCACCGGAAGAGGAAAAGCCCAAGGCACCCGUUGACGAGCGUUCCGAACGUUCCCAGCUCGAAGAACAGGCCAAUGGCCUGCUGGCCGAACUAAAAGUGUGGGACAAUGCGUGCAACUUUACGCCCUUUCACCCACGAACCCAGUAUGGCAACAUUGCCUACCGCCACGCCACCAAGAUACGUCUCCUGCGUAUCGUCUUUGGCGUGUCGAGCAACGACCCUCGUAUUGACAGUGCGGCUCGAGCUAUUAUCGAGUUGGCAAAAGAGAUGCUGUCGCAGUAUGGCCGCAUCGUCUGGCUCACCUGGCCCCUUGUUAUCGCCGGAUUCCAUAUCCCCAAGGACGACCCGGCGCGUCAGUCUGCUGUUGAACUGCUUUCAGAAUUUGGUCAGAUGAUGGAGGCGUUCUGGCACUACCACGACCACGACCCGGAGGACCUUACACCAUGGGAGGUCGCGAACCGUCUCAACUCGAAGCUGUUCCUCGACUAG